AUGAAAAUUGAGAAUUACUCAGAAGGCACAUUCGACAGCUUUGACAUUACAAUAUCACUGGAACAAACUGUAGAUGACGUCAAACAUGAAAUAUCAAUUUUCAAACACAUUGAGAAAGAGGCGUUAUGUAUUGUUUACAACGGGGACGUGUUAACUGACGACGUUGUUUUGAGUACAAAAGGAAUAACACUGUCUUCAAAACUUCGGUAUUUUGUGUCGCACUGUAAUUUACAAGUCGAGUCUAUCUAUCCCGUACAGGGAUACACAUCCGGCGGCACACGAGUAACCAUCCAAGGAAACUUUCCCGGUUCACAAGAGAAGUACACUGUGCGAUUUGGAGUGACAGAUGUCGUUGGGCAGUACGUCGACGAGAAAACCGUUGUUGCAUUUUCCCCGGCACACCCACCCGGUCCAGUGACGGUAACAAUCAAAAUAGGGGACAAUGGCCGUUAUGCACACUCUGACAUUCUUUUCAGUUAUUUUAAUACCAUUGUGCAAUCGGAUAACAUUGAAGUUAAGUGUGUGGACAAGAUCUCCGACAAAAUGUAUGCGGACAAGUUUGCUUCUGGAGGUGUAUGUUAA